AAAAAACUGUCAAAGCAACGAAACAGUGUCAGAAAUAUUGUUACUGUUAUUUGAAAAAUUUGUUUUAUUGUUUUCGGUUUGUUGCUCAAUGGGAAUUAAAAGUAAACACAAUUUUCUACGUUUCGUGCAAAGCAACGAUAUAUCCCAAAAGGGGAGUGCAUGGGUGACAUUUGUUAAACCCUGACACCUCACAAACAGGACUUUUGUAAUAAGAACAAGAAAGAAAAAAUAACAAUUUGCUUAGUCCUGCACAAUGACGCUUCAGUUACACUGACGACGAAGGCAUUCCUUUAUACUUUACAUAUUUAUACUUGCGUGUUCUGAACCGUGACUGGUCUAACCUCAAACAUGAGUUACAAUAAAAAGGUAUCGUAUUUUUACAAUCCAGACGUUGGAAACUUUCAUUACGGUCCUGGGCAUCCAAUGAAACCUCAUAGGCUCUCCGUGAUCCACAGUCUAGUACUUAAUUAUGGUUUGCAUAAAAAGAUGCAAAUCUACCGUCCAUACCGGGCCAGCACACAUGACAUGUGUCGUUUCCAUUCAGACGAAUACGUAGAGUUCCUGCAAAGAGUGACUCCUCAAAAUCUACAAGGAUACACAAAGUACCUCAGCCAUUUUAACGUAGGGGAUGACUGCCCUGUUUUUGAAGGGCUAUUUGAUUUCUGCUCUAUGUACACAGGUGCUUCAUUGGAAGGUGCCACAAAGCUGAACAAUAAUUGCUGUGAUAUUGCCAUCAAUUGGAGCGGAGGACUGCAUCACGCAAAGAAAUUCGAAGCAUCUGGUUUCUGUUAUAUCAACGACAUUGUAAUAGCAAUUCUGGAGUUGCUGAAAUACCAUGCCAGAGUGCUUUAUAUAGACAUAGAUGUUCACCACGGCGAUGGAGUUCAAGAAGCAUUUUAUCUCACAGACAGAGUGAUGACUGUAUCAUUCCAUAAAUAUGGCAACUACUUCUUCCCUGGAACGGGAGAUAUGUAUGAAAUAGGCGCAGAAAGUGGGAGAUAUUACUCAGUUAAUGUACCACUGAAAGAGGGCAUAGAUGAUGCCUCGUACGUCCAAGUGUUCAAGCCUGUAAUAUCUCAUGUAAUGGAGUUCUUCCAGCCUACAGCAAUAGUCCUGCAAUGUGGCGCCGAUUCUCUAGCAAACGAUCGUCUUGGCUGCUUCAGUUUGAGUACAAAAGGACAUGGGGAAUGUGUAAAAUUCGUUAGAGACUUGAAUGUUCCUUUACUUACUGUAGGAGGAGGUGGAUACACUCUACGGAACGUUGCCCGCUGCUGGACCUACGAAACGUCUCUGCUGGUCGACGAACAGAUCAGCAACGAGCUGCCUUACACGGAAUACUUAGAGUACUUUGCACCGGACUUCACGUUGCAUCCCGAUGUUGUGACUAGACAGGACAACGCGAACAGUAAACAAUACUUGGAAGCAAUCACGAGACACGUGUACGAUAAUUUGAAAAUGAUACAACAUUCACCAAGUGUUCAAAUGCAAGACGUUCCAUGCGAUGCUCUGCCACCAGAGGAAGAGAGACAACCGGAACCAGAUCCAGAUUCUAGACAGAAUGUUCAGGACACUGAUAAAAUAGUUGAACCGGCUAACGAGUAUUAUUCAGGUGAAAAAGAUCAGGAUAAGAUGGACGUUAGUGAAUCGUGAUAAAGGAACGAAUGAACUGCUUAAUUGAAAUUGGAAGUGACACAUUACACUAGGAUUAUGUGCUACGUGAGCAAGAGUGGAGAAACACUGAGAAUUAAUUUUUACUGUGAAACUGAUAAUUGUAAAUACUAUUAGCAGACUACUGUAUAUA